ACUCUCAGCCAGACGUAUUCGCUCGAGGAUGGCUCCAAGCUUGAGGUCUUAGCGGUGGGAUCGACGGACCAGUCGCGCGCGCACGUGAUUCUCGAGCUGCACGGCGGGCCGCUGGUGAACGCACAGCUCAUCGCGCACUGGGGCGCCAUCCGCCGCGGAACCAGCGGAUGGACCCUCCCCGGGCUUCAGCCUGAUGGCACCAGACCGUACAAGAACCGUGCGCUACAGUCACCCUUCACUAAGGUGGGAGACCGUGCGAAGCUCAAGAUAGAGGUGGUGGACGCUGAGUACUCGGCAGUGGAGUUCACGCUCAAGGAUGACGCCACCAACGCCUGGUUCAAGUGCCACGGCACCAACUUCCACGUGGACAUCCCCAAGUCGCGGGCGCACGUGGACCCAGCCACCAUUGUGAUUCCCGAGGAGCUGGUUCGCGUGCAGGCGUUUCUGCGGUGGGAGAGGAACGGCAAGCAGCACUACUCGCAGGAGAAGGAGAAGGAGGAGUAUGAGUUGGGGCGUUUGGAUCUUCAGAAGGAGGUGGCAGCAGGAGGAACGAUCCAAGCCCUGGAGGAGAGGCUUCUGGGUGGAGGCAGCAUCUUCAGACGCUCAGACGACAAGCCUCAGCAGCAGGCACCACCACCCCCACCCCCUCAGCAGCAGCAGCAGCAGCAGCAGCAGCAGCAGCAGCAGUUGGAGCCGAUUCCGAACGAUCUGAUCGCCAUUCAGGCGUACGUGCGGUGGGAGCGGGCGGGGAAACCGCACUAUGACGAGCAGAAGCAGGGGCAGGAGUUUAUAGAGGCGAAGAGAGAGCUUGAAGAGGAGGUUCGCCGGGGCACGUCUGUUCUGGACAUCCGCAAGAGGCUUACUGGAGGGAGCGAGGCGACGGCUCCCCCCCCCCCGCCCUCGCGUCCCCAGCCUAGCGUGUGGAAGAUUGACAGGAAGCAGUGGGGGUACGACGAUUUGAUUAGCACGGCUGGGAGGAAGGGGCGGAAAGGGCAUGGGGAUGCGGGAGAUGGGGCGGCAGUGGCGGCUUUAGCGCCGGCGCCGGCUGUAGCGGAGGCUGAGGCUGCUGCUGCUGCGGAUCCGCUGGAGCUGGCAGCACAGAUCAUUGCUGGGGCGGGACUGGGGGAGGUGCUUCUGAAGAAGUAUUACAAGCUGAACGACAAGAAGCUGCUGGUGCUGCUGAUGGAGUGUGACGGCGAGCUCAAGGUGCGGCUGGCGUCGGAUUACCCAGAGCCCCUCGUGCUGCACUGGGGGCUGUCCAAGGGACGCAGCAGGAGCUGGCAGACCCCGCCGCCCGGCAUUGCCGGCUCAUCUACCCGCUUUGAGAGGGCGUGUGAGACGGAGUUCAACAAGGGCUUUGCAGGGGAGCCGUCGCUGCAGUCUCUCCAGCUGGACCUGGCGGGAGUGGAGCAGGAGCUGCCAGGGAUGCCCUUUGUGGUGCGGGCCGGGGAGUGCUGGUUCAAAGACUAUGGGCGCGACUUCUUCCUUUCUCUCAACCGCAUUGACUACCAGCAGCCCAAGGACAUUGGAGAUGGUCGCGGGGUGGCAAGGGCAGUGUUGGACGAGAUUGCAGACCUGGAGCCCGAGGCAGAGAAGUCGCUCAUGCACAGGUUCAAUCUGGGCACGCAGGUGCUGGACAAGGCCAAGUCGCAGGGCGAGCUGGGGCUGGCUGCUGUGUUUGUGUGGUUUCGCUUCAUGGCAUCGCGGCAGCUGGUGUGGAAUAAGAACUACAACGUCAAGCCGCGUGAAAUCAGCGUGGCUCAGGAUCGCUUCACAACAGUGCUGGAGGAGAUCUUUCGAUCCUCACCGUCGCUUCGUGAGCUGACGCGCAUGAUCAUGAUGACCGUGGGGCGUGGCGGGCAGGGGGACGUGGGGCAGCGGAUCAGAGACGAGAUUCUGGUGAUUCAGAGCAAGAACCACUGCAAGGGCGGCAUGAUGGAGGAGUGGCAUCAGAAGCUUCACAACAACACAAGCCCUGAUGACGUGGUCAUCUGCCAGGCUCUAAUCGACUAUCUCAACAGCGACUUCAACAUCGACGUGUACUGGCGGACGCUCAACAGCAACGGGGUGACGCACGAGCGCCUGCUGUCCUACGACCGCCCCAUCUGCUCUGAGCCGCGCUUUGUGGCCAGCCAGAAGGAGGGGCUUCUGCGGGACCUGGCGCACUACUUGAAAUCUCUCAAGGCCGUCCAUUCGGGAGCUGAUCUGGAGUCUGCCAUUGCCACGUGCAUGGGGUACAAGCAGGGCGCUAAGGCUGAUUUCAUGAAGAACAUUGAGAUCCAUCCCAUCAGCGGACUUUCUGGGAACCUUCCGAAUCUGCUUCAAUUUGUGUUGGAGCAUGUGGAGGACCGGCAGGUGGUCAGCCUGGUGGAGGGUCUGGUGGAAGCCCGAAGAGAGCUGCGGCCGACCCUGCUGAGGCACGGGCAGGAGCGCCUCAAGGACCUCGUGUUCCUCGACCUCGCGCUGGACUCCACUGCCCGCACCGCCAUCGAGAGGGGCAUGGGGGAUGCCAGGAAUGCCGGGGAAAUCAUGUAUCUGGUGACGCUGCUGGUGGAGAAUCUCUGCCUGUCCAUUGACGACAACGAGGAGCUAGUCUUCUGCCUCAAGGAGUGGCGGCGCGUGCUGGAUUUAAUGAAUCACGACAGCCAGUGGGCGCUGCGGGCCAAGGCAGUGCUCGACCGCACGCGGCUCAUCUUGCAGGGCAAGGCGGAGCAGCAGCUGGCGCUAUUUCAGCCGGCCGCGGUGCAUCUGGGUUCGAGGGUGCAUGUGGAGCAGUGGGCGAUUGACAUCUUCACAGAGGAGGUCAUUCGCGCUGGCUCUGCUGCUGCGCUCUCGCAGCUGCUCAACCGGCUGGACCCGCAGAUUCGACAGGCUGCUGACCUGGGCAGCUGGCAAGUGAUCAGCCCUGCGGAUGUGCGUGGGUGGGUGGAGGUGGUGGAUGAGCUAGCAGAGGUGCAGGAGAAGACCCCUGCGGAUGUGCGUGGGUGGGUGGAGGUGGUUGAUGAGCUAGCAGAGGUGCAGGAGAAAACGUACGAUCGGCCGACAGUGAUGGUGGCGCGGAGGGUGAAGGGAGAGGAGGAGAUUCCUGCAGGGGUUGUGGCGCUGCUCACCCCUGACAUGCCCGACGUGCUCUCCCACGUGUCCGUGCGAGCACUGAUGGUGGCACGGGGUGUGAAGGGAGAGGAGGAGAUCCCUGCAGGGGUUGUGGCGCUGCUGACACCCAACAUGCACAACGUGCUCUCCCAUGUGUCCGUGCGAGCCCGGAACUGCAAGCCGACAGUGCUGGUGGCACGGAGGGUGAAGGGAGAGGAGGAGAUUCCUGCAGGGGUGGUGGCUCUGUUGACACUUGACAUGCCUGAUUUGCUCUCCCACAUCUCCUUACUCCCCUUAUUCCUUCUUCCUCCGACUCCCCAUCCUCCCCCCCAGGUGUGCUUUGCGACCUGCUUCGACCCCAACCUGCGGGACUCGAUCAGAGCGCUGCAGGGGAAGAGCCCCACUGUGCUGCACCCUCAUCCCGCCCUGCCCAGUGCAACAUGCCCUUUAUUCGAUAUGCUGCUACCCCCCCUCUCCCCCCCUCCCCGCCCUCUCUCCUUCCCAUCCCAGGUGUGCUUUGCGACCUGCUUCGACCCCAACCUGCUGGACUCCAUCAGAGCGCUGCAGGGGAAGAGCGCCCGCUGUGCUCCCAACACCUCUGGAUCCGAAGUCAUUGUCAG